GUGCGGCGAUUUUUAACGGCAUGGCCGGCUCAACGAAAGUUGUAGAUGUUCGAUGUAUGAACGCCGAGACUGAGCGUGUUCUUUGACUGCGCUUCAUCAGCCUGCGUGCAUUCAACGUCGUGCUCGUGUUGAACGUGAUGCCGAUGCGAUGAGCAAAGAAAUAAAAGCGAUCGACGGUAGUACGGUGCAUCGGAUAUGCUCCGGUCAAGUGGUUCUAAGCUUGGCCAUAGCUGUGAAGGAGCUGGUCGAAAACAGCAUUGACGCAGGAGCAAGGAACAUCAGUGUCAAACUGAAAGACCACGGCAGCAAACUUGUCGAAGUCAUCGAUGACGGGGAAGGUGUCGACGAGACGAAUUUCGCUGCUCUCACCCUGAAGUACCACACGUCGAAGUUGCGUCAAUUUUCUGACCUCGAAGAUGUGACAACAUUUGGUUUUCGAGGAGAGGCACUCAGUUCCCUGUGUGCACUGUGCAAUGUAACGAUUGCAACUCGUCACAAGGAUGCCGAACAGGCAACACUGCUCAAGUUCGACCACCAUGGCGUCAUCACUUCAAGGUCGCCUUGUGCCAGGGAUAGGGGCACCACGGUGAGCCUGCACAAUCUGUUCACCACGUUGCCCGUCCGGCACCGGGAGUUUCUGGCCAACCUGAAGCGGGAGUUUGGCAGGAUGAUCACGCUCCUGACUGGAUACUGCCUCGUUGCCACUGAGGUCAACAUUUCAUGUGCAAACUUCAACGAAGCAGGGCGCAAGCAAGUCAUCCUCAACAGCCAGGGGUCGCAGGCAAUCCGGGAGCGCAUAGCGACUGUGUAUGGUGCAAAAGAGGCUGCAAAGCUCCUGGAGAUACAGCAGUGUGCUCUCACUGAGGAAAUCCUGGAAGAGUUUUCACUCACCGAGUCUCUGGUUGAAGCUUCGAGUGCAAGGAUAGAGGGCUACAUCUCCUCAUGCGCUCAUGGUUCAGGGCGAAGCUCUGCAGACAGACAAUUUGUGUUUGUCAAUUCUCGACCUUGCGAGAUGCCAAAGCUUACAAAGCUGGUGAACAGUACGUAUCAUAUGUUCAACCGAGACCAGUACCCUUUCCUGUUGAUCAACAUUCAUCUUGAAAGACAUUCUGUGGAUGUAAACGUUACCCCAGACAAGCGUUCAGUAUUCGUUCAUCACGAGAAAUGCCUCCUAGCCAUUGUCAAGUGCUCACUCUUAGCAAUGUUCCGGCCAAUCGCAGCUACGUACGAGAGGCAGGGCCUUUCAUCGUCUCCUGCACUGUCACAAUCAUCGCAACAGAGUCCGCUGUCUCUCUAUCUGAGUCCUCGGCUGCAGAACUUAUCACCUUCUGACAAGGGUCCUUUGAGCACGCCAGUGAAACGCACAUCCUCUGCAUUGGGCACCCCAUCGGGCAGAUCAUCUGCUGCUCUACAGAGCUUCAAGUUUCGUCGACUCGAAAGCAGUGGUCGUUCGGCAGGCACACCUUUAUUCGGCAAGUCCUCGCCAAGCUGCUCCCAAUCCACAAAUACCACGAGUAGUCAAGGUUCGAGUGUAUCUGAGUCUCUCGAGCCUUCGUGUUCUGAUGAGGAAGUGCUGCUGGAAGAUUCUGUUGGCCUUUGGAGUUCACCUGGUGGUGUUGGGGCUCUUCGUAAAAGAGAUAAAGAGUCAUCUGCCGUCGGUGCCUUCCACUCGCUACCUUUGUCAUCGCAUAAUUCAGCAACACAAGGUGCACAGAGCAGUAAAGGACACAGCCAGAGCCAGCCACAAGAUUUGGUUUUGAGUAGUGUGGGCCAAAGAGCCGUGCGUACCUCACAUAUGCUUCCUAAAAGCAGCCCAUCUUUGCGUACUGACAAGCUUCACGGCAAGGAAACGGGGUCUCCCGGAAUUCGUUCCCUGGAUAGGUUUCGCUUCGGGUCCUGCGUGAAAUCUACAGAAGUGUCCGCAGUGCAAAGGACUACCUGUGAUAGUACGGAUAGACUUGGUGAAACUGUGGAAGCAGCAUCAGAAGAAUCUGUUGACAAUGAAGGAGAUGGUGACAUAAUUGAAAAUGACGUCUUGUGUCCUGUAGAAAACGAAGAACAGCAGGACGAGGUGGUUGAGGUUGAUCAACAGGUUAGUGGCCGUAGACAGACAAAGCCUUUCAAUUUCAGCUGUAAAAACCUGGAGCUGCUUAUCGACAGCAUGAAACUGGAUUCAUCUGAUAAGCCUGGAGCAGAAAAACUUUAUCGUGGCUUCCGGGCAGCCAUCACACCUGCUGAUAAUGCAGCAGCUGAGAAUGAGCUCAGCAAACAGAUUAGCAAGGACAUGUUUGCAGAGAUGAAGAUAAUUGGCCAGUUUAACCUGGGUUUCAUUAUCACUCAACUUGGGGAAGACCUCUUUAUCAUUGACCAGCAUGCUGCCGAUGAAAAGUACAACUUUGAGAUGCUUCAGCGCGACGUUGUCAUGGAGACGCAACGGCUACUUAUGCCCCAGGCACUUGAGCUCACGGCUGUUAACGAAAUGGUGCUCACUGAAAACCUUGAGAUAUUUGAGAAAAAUGGAUUUGGAUUUGAGGUGGACGAGUCACUGCCUCUGGGUCAACGUGUCCGGUUGGUCAGCGUCCCCGUCAGUGGCAACUGGCAGUUUGGAAAGGAAGAUGUGGAUGAGCUUAUCUUCAUGCUGAGCGACAACCCUCAUACCGUGUGCAGGCCAUCCAAGCUGCGUCAGAUGUUUGCCUCACGUGCUUGCCGAAAAUCAGUCAUGGUUGGAACAGCUCUGACUGCACUUACCAUGAAAAAGGUCGUCAGUCAUCUUGGUGAACUGCAUCACCCUUGGAAUUGCCCACAUGGAAGGCCAACAAUGCGUCACCUCAUAAACGUUGCAAUCCUUCCAGGCUGAGACGCGUAUAAAGGCG